GGAGGAUGGACCACUCCCAACUUGAAUGAAUUUACAGUCGGCGAAUGCAAGAAUUUAAAGUCAUUGCCCGAAGGCAUUCACACCCUCACAGCCCUUCGAGUGUUGCAGGUUGAUGAUCUUCCAAAUCUGGAGUCAUUUGCAGAAGGGGGUUUGCCUCCCAACAUCCAAGAUUUGUGCACUCGUAGUUGUGAGAGACUGAGGGCUUCAGUGGUAAAUUACUGGCGAAUGGAAGGACUUGUCUCCCUUAAAUAUUUUAUAAUUGGUGGAAGUAUCUUGGAAACGUUGCUCAAGGAACACCUGCUCCCUACCACUCCUCGCUAUCUAAUUAUUAGUGCGUGUCGCAGUAUCCAAGUCCUGCCAGGAGAAGGAGAGGGACUUCAACACCUCACUUCUCUCCAAACGCUGCAAAUUGACGAGUGUGACAACCUCCAAUUCCUGCCAGGAGAGGGACUUCAACACCUCACUUCUCUUCAAGAGCUAGUUAUUAGUGAGUGUGACAGUAUCCAAUUCUUGCCAGAAGAGGGUUUGCCGCCAUCUCUUUCUUUACUUCACAUCUACAAUUGUUCUGCUCUGGAGAAAAGGACAGCAUAUCUUCUCUUCGAGAGAUUUUCGUAUGUAAGGUCGUUUCCGGAGGAGAAUUUAACACU